GCUCGCCGCGCAGCCCUCAGUAAGGCUCCGGCCGCAGCGCCGCUUGGCUCUGGUAUUCCUUGUUCUCGGCGGGUUGUGGGGGCUCUGCGCCGCGGCCGUUAGUCAUGUCGGAUUCUGGAAGUUACGGUCAGUCUGGGGGUGAGCAGCAAAGUUAUUCUUCCUAUGGAAAUCAAGGCAACCAAGGUUAUGGACAAGCACCACAAAGCUAUUCUGGCUAUGGGCAAACUACUGAUUCUUCAUAUGGGCAGAACUAUGGUGGCUACUCCAGUUACGGACAAAGCCAAUCAGGUUAUUCACAGUCCUAUGGUGGUUAUGAGAAUCAAAAGCAGAGCUCAUAUGGCCAGCCAUCUUAUAAUAACCAGGCACAGCAAAACAUGGAAUCAUCAGGAGGUUCUCGAUUUCUGUUUAGCCAAGGUGGAAGAGCGCCUUCAUAUGACCAGUCAGACUAUGGUCAACAAGAUUCAUAUGACCAGCAGUCAGGCUAUGAUCAACAUCACGGCUCUUAUGCCGAGCAGUCAAAUUACGAUCAGCAGCAUGAUUCCUAUAAUCAAAACCAGCAAUCCUACCAUUCACAAAGGGAAAAUUACAGCCACCACACACAAGAUGAUCGUCGUGAUGUGAGUAGGUAUGGAGAAGAUAAUAGAGGAUAUGGCGGGUCACAGGGAGGAGGUAGAGGGCGUGGGGGAUAUGACAAGGAUGGAAGAGGUCCUAUGACAGUAUCAAGUGGUGGUGACCGCGGUGGCUUCAAAAAUUUUGGUGGUCACAGGGAUUAUGGACCCAGACCAGAUGCUGAUUCAGAAUCUGAUAAUUCAGAUAACAACACAAUCUUUGUACAAGGACUUGGGGAGGGUGUGUCUACAGAUCAAGUGGGGGAGUUCUUUAAACAAAUAGGAAUUAUCAAGACAAAUAAGAAGACUGGAAAACCAAUGAUAAAUCUGUACACAGACAAGGACACAGGAAAGCCAAAAGGAGAGGCAACAGUAUCAUUUGAUGACCCUCCUUCAGCUAAGGCAGCCAUUGACUGGUUUGAUGGAAAAGAAUUCCAUGGCAACAUCAUUAAAGUGUCCUUUGCCACCAGAAGACCUGAAUUCAUGAGAGGAGGUGGAAGUGGAGGUGGGCGACGAGGCCGUGGAGGAUAUAGAGGCCGUGGAGGCUUUCAGGGGAGAGGUGGAGACCCCAAAAGUGGGGACUGGGUUUGCCCUAAUCCGUCAUGUGGAAAUAUGAACUUUGCUCGAAGGAAUUCUUGCAAUCAGUGCAAUGAGCCCAGACCAGAGGACUCUCGUCCCUCAGGAGGAGAUUUCCGGGGAAGAGGCUACGGUGGAGAGAGGGGCUACAGAGGUCGUGGGGGCAGAGGUGGAGACCGAGGCGGCUAUGGUGGAGACCGAAGUGGGGGCGGUGGCUACGGAGGGGACAGAAGUGGGGGUGGUUAUGGGGGGGACCGAGGAGGUGGCUAUGGGGGGGAUCGUGGUGGUGGCUAUGGAGGAGACCGAGGCGGCGGCUAUGGAGGAGAGCGAAGUGGUGGGGGCUACGGAGGAGACCGUGGUGGUGGUGGCUACAGUGGGGACCGAAGUGGAGGCUAUGGAGGAGACAGGAGUGGCGGCGGCUACGGAGGAGACCGAGGUGGCUAUGGAGGCAAAAUGGGAGGAAGAAACGACUACAGAAAUGAUCAGCGCAACCGACCAUACUGAUGACUGUUUUGAAUGUUCCUUUGUCUCUGACAUGAUCCAUAGUGAAAUUGCCAGAGUUUUGCCUGCUGCUUUCCUCGUGGCCUCUUCUUGCAUAGUGAAAUUAAGUGACAUUUGAAUUUUUAUUUGGGUGGGAGGGCUGGGACAGUUUUUCUUUUAGAAAUGUCCAUUGAAAUAUCCCCCUUUAGUUUCCAACCUUCUCCUUCCCAACCCUUGAAGCUAAGUGCGUUGUAAAAUAUUGCCAAAAUGGAAAGUGUUUUGUAAUACUGCAAUAAAGGAUGCUUGUUUUGUGGACUUUCAUACAUUAGUGCAUUGUUCUGUCACACUCAGGAUGCAGUUACAGCAGAUUCGAACUCUAAAGAAUUAGGAAAUGAAUUCUACUUCAUGAAAUUAAAAUGUUACUUCCAACCAUAUUUAUUGAGUUCCUAUUCUGUUUAGAAUAGUAGUUUCCAAGCAUGACUGCAUGUCAGAACCACCAGAGGAGGUUGUCAAAAUUCCAGAUUCCUAGGCCUCACCCCAGGUCUACUGGAUCAGAAAUUGGUGGGAUGUGGGGAGGUAGAGCUGGGAAUCUUAAUUUAUCUUAAGAUCACUAGGUGGUUUUGAUAAAAACCAGGUUUACAGCUGAGAACCAUUUAUUUAGGGCAGUGUUCUAGACGCUGGGAAUAUGGGGGUCCAAGGGCUAGGAAGGAAGAGUAAGGGUUUGACAAACCAGGGUUAAGAUACCAACGUACGUAACGUGUUAUUUGAUAUUCUUUAAAAAACUAUUUUUCCUACCCUUACCAAGGGUGAGGCACUGCAUCAGAUGCUGGAUAUAUUGCUCAUCAAGCAAACAGACAAUAUAUAGUCUGAUAAGGGUUCCAGUAAGAAUAGUACAAGGUGCUUUGAGGGCUGGUUGGAAGGAUACUUAAUCCAGUCAUGUGGGAUUGGGAAAGCUUGGUGAGCCUUGAGGGAAGAGUAGGAAUUGGCUAAGUAAAGAGGCUGGGGUGAGGAAUUGGUGUUCGCAGCAGAAAACCGACAUGAACAAAUAUUAAUAAAUCAGGAGUUAAAAGAAUGAGGAACAGGCUGUGCACUUGAGAAUUGUAUGUAGUGCAUUGUGAUUGGAGGAAGAAGUUUAAGAAUGGGCAUGCAAAAGAUAAGACUGGAGAGGUGAGCCAGCUUUGCGAUAAGGUCCUUGCAUUUCAUUUUCCCCCUGCUUCCAUAUGGGGAGUCAUUAAAAGAUUUUAAGCAGGGGAAUGGCCUGACCUGACUGGCAUCAACUGAAAGAUAAUUAUGGCUGCCUUAUAGAGAGGCUGGACUGGAGACAAAAUUGUCCACCAGGUGAGAGAUGAUACAGGUCUGAGCUCAGGUAGUGACUGGAUGAGGAGGAGAUAAUAGAUUUGAGACGUGAAGGGGGAAAUUUGAUGGGAUUUGCCUGGAUGUCAGAAGUAGUGGGGAGAAAAGAGUCAGGUUUCUGGCCUGGGCAGUUGGGUAGAUGUGCUGUUCAUUGAAAUAGGAAACACUGGAAAAGGAAACAGGUUUGGGAGUAAGAUGAGGGAAAUGAAUUCAGUUGUGGGUAAGUAGAAUUUGGGGCACUUGUAAAUGUCCCUUCCAAGUAGGGCCAUUCAGUCAGCAGCUGGGUGUGCAAAUCCACAGCUCAGAGAAGAGCAGCACUCAACAUUACGUGCCACUGAUCUUCCUUACUGACUUCUGUCUCCUUUGCUAGCUUUACUUGCCCUUUACAUGUUAGAAGUUUCUCAGUUCUGAUCCCCUCUUUUCUAUUUAUACUCACUUUUAUCCUGGGUUUUAUAUGGUGUUGACUACACCAAAUUUAUGUCUCCAGUCUGUCUUCUUCCCUUACCUCUGGAUUAUAUCCAGCUGCCUACUUGACUUUUCCACUAGGAUGUAUUUAACAUAACUUUUGUUUUGGUGACUCCGCUGGGACUGAACAGAACUUCUGAUCUCCAAAUCAGUUUCUUUCUUCCUAGUAUUCCUCAUCUCAGUCUUAAUCUACCCAAAUCAGAUCAGAUAAAAGACUUAGAACUUACAUUUGAUUUCUCUUUCAUGCCAUACUUGCAGGUCCUUUUAAUUCUACCUCCAAAGUAUAUCCUGAAACCAUCUUUAUAUUCUUAGUUCCAAUCCUGGUACAAGCUACAGUCGUCACUUUUCUGGAUAACUGCAAUAGCCCAUUAAUAGGUCCCCCACAAUCUUGCCUCUCUAAAAUCUAUUCUUCACACAGCAGCUAAACAAUAUGGUAACGAUGUAAAUCAACCUAUAUGUCAUGCCUCUUUAAAACCCUUUCAGUGACCUCCCAUUGUAUGUUGGCUAUAAAUUCCUUACCUUGGCUUACCAAGCCCUGUAUGAUCUGGCCUUUGUCUCCACAACCUCAUGGAACAUUUUUCCAUACUAGCCUUACCUUAACCACACUGGUCCUAGUCUUGAUGGUACAAAACAUGCUUCUGUUUUAGUAUCUUUGCACAUGCUAUGUCCAGGAUUCUCUUUCCUCAUAUUCACAUGGUUGACUCCUUUUCAUAACAAUGUUGGGUCAAAUCCCACCCUCCCUCCCAGCCGUUUGCUGACCUUCGUAUCUAAAAUACUUCUUCUUCCAGCAUACUCACAUCACCUUUUAUAAUGUCCUCACAGUACUUAUCACUGUAUGAAACAAUCUUUUUGUGGUUAAUUUCUCUCCUCCAUUAGAAUGUAAGUUCCAGGAGAGUAGGGAACCUCUUCUGUUGUUCACUGUUCUACCUCAGUACCUAGAACAGUGUCAGACACAGAGUAGGUACUCAAUGAAUAUUGACUAAAUGAACAAAUCUAUUAUUAUAGAUUUGAGUCAUUAGUAUAUAAAUGGUAAAGUGAUAGAGUGGAUAUGAUUAAAAUAAGAUUAGUGUUGUGGUUUUCCAUCUUAGCUGAAUACUAGAAUUAGCUAAGAAUUUUUUAAAAUGCAGAAGAUGUCUGGGCUCCACUCCAGAACAAUGGAAUCUGUGAGGCCUGGGACAUUUAAAAAACAAAAGCCCCAAUUGAUUCUAAUGGUUUUGGAGUCUAGAGAGAAGAGCCUAGGACAAAACCCUGAGAAGUACCAAUAUUUAAGAGUAAUAGGGAAUUCCCUGGCGGUCCAGUGGUUAGGACUCCGUGCUUUCACAGCUGAGGUCCUGGGUUCGCUCCCUGGUUGGGGAGCUAAGAUCCCACAAGCCACGUGGUGCAGCCAAAAAAAAAAAAAAAAAAAAAAAAUAGAAGAGGAUACUGAAACAGACAGGGAAUACCAGUGAGGUGUCAGUGGAACCCAAGGGAAGAGUGGACUUCAAGGAGGGAGAAGCUAAUGGGGUCAAGUGCUCGAGCUGGCCAAGUCAUAUAAAAGAUAGAAAGCAUUCAUUGUAUGUAGCAAUACGGAGGUUAUAAAUUAUCUUUGCAUGAGAUUUCUCAACCUUGGUGCUACUCACAUUUUGGGUUGGAUAAUUAUUUGUUGUGGAGGGCUGCCCUGUGCUGUGUGUAGGAUAUUUAGCCACAUCCCUGCCCUCUACCACAAGACACCAGUAGCAGCCCCCAGUUGUGACAACCAAAAAUGUCUCCCGACAUUGCCAAGUGUCCCUUGGGGGGCGGGCAGGAUUGUCCCUUUUGAGAACUACUGCCUUAGCAAAAGCAGUUUUGGUAGAGAAUUGAAUUCUGAACCCAAACUGAAGUAGGGUAAUGAAUAAUAGAAAUUAGAGAAAUGGAAACAGGUAAUGUGGACAGCUAUUUAAGAAUCUUGAUUAUGAAGGGUGAUUAGAGGUGGGGUGAGCUAAGGAGAGGAGGCAUCUAGAAAGGGUUAUGGGUUUGUGGGAGGUUAUUUUUAAGAUGGAUGGGAAUUGAUCAUGUUUAUACACUAUUUGAAAGGAGAUGGGGAAAAUUGAUAUUCAAAUUCCCUGAAGGAAUGGCACCCAGAACACUGGUGGAGGAUUUUGCCUUGGAAGAGGAGAGUGCCUCUUGCACUGUAAUGGAGGUAAGCAUGUCUAGGACCAAGUGGAACACUCGUGGGCUGCGGAUCCCCAGAACGCCCUGGCAGAGGCAGGAUGAGGGUGCCUAAAUAGCCGGCCCCAGGAAGAUGCCCCGUCUACACUCUUCCAUUCUAGUGCCCUUGUGAUAACCCUGUGCCUGGAGAGGAGAUCUGGCUUCCCAGCGGAGCCCUUUCUUCCCUUCGGUAACUCUGCUGGACUGCCCACUCCCCCUGCCUUCGAAACAUCUGGUCAGAGUGGCGGAGCUGGCCUUACCAAAGAGAUGACUGCUUCCUGGCGUGCAGUGGCAUUUGAGCUCAUCAGUUGCCUGGAGAAGGGACCUACGAUUUGGCCCUGGCAGUUCCCAGCCCAAGCCACUCACGCCUCCACCAAGUUCAUCAUUGUGGGCUUCAUCUUGAGCUCUUCCACAGUUUCAGCAACAGCCUGCCUCAUAGCCUGAAGAGGGAUUAAGAUCUCUGAGCAACAAGGAAGAGGGGCUUCAGCCAGUGGUUCCCAGUGUGGUGACUGAGAAGAUCAUCAUAAGAUGAUCUUCACAUCAGAGUUCUCGGAUGAAGACUCAUCCCCAGAGUGUUGAUUCAGUAAAUCUGGGGUGUGGUCUGAGAAGCUGCUUUUCUAACAAGAUACUGAUGCUGCUGGUCCUGGGAACAUACUUUGGGAACCACUGAUCUAGCUGUAAUGGCUACACUGCAACCUCGACACCUAGCAUAGCGCCUGGCACACAGCAGGCAGCUUGCUGUAGCGAGAAAACACAGGCCACCAAGUCCUCCGACUGGACCAUCGCUUCCAAUAAACUGACGUGCUGCACUGAGAAAGACAGCGUCACCAUGUGGAUUUCCUGCCGAGAAUGUUCAACCUGAGUCUAGAUACAUGCCCAGGAGUGAGAUUACUGGAUCAUAUGGUGCCAAGUGCUGUUCUAAACUUGUCAUAAGAAUCCUCUCAUUCCCUCCUGACUCGUUAAACAAUUACCAGGAGAAGCACAGUUUUGGAAACCAUGGCCCAUCUCAUUUAAAGAAAUAAAUUGAAGAAAGGAAAGUACUUUUCUGGAUACCAAAUACGCUGAGCUGGGACACGAGCUGAGGACAGAGCUGAGGGAACCACAGAUGACCAACCUCAUCCCCAUCUUUAAAUCCCAGUGAACGUUUCUGCUGUGUGUAAGGGAAUGCCUGCCCGUCUGACUCACCACACUGGCGGUCGAGAGGAUCAAGGGAAGUGAUGACAGUGGACGUGCUUAGGAGACCGUCAGGUGAGGUGAAAACGUCACGAAGCUGUCUCUGUCCUCCCUAUCCCGCCAGUGUGGUUGGCCUACACCGCUCCAUCAUUCCUUGCUGCCUCCACAAAUUGUCACUGAGAAUUGCUGUGACCCAGGCAGCCCUCUAGGCGCUGAGGACACCAUGUGAGCCAAAGACCUGCCCUCUGGAGUGUCUGUUUGUGUGGGGGGGAGGGGAGAGCUCACCCAGAACAAGGGAAAACAUACUCCUUUACUGUGAGUCAACUUUUCACUGGUCUUGUCUUAACUCCCUGAACACAGUAAAAAUGUCCUAUGCUUUUUUCUCUCUUUUUUCUAUUUGUUUUUUGUAUUCUCCCCCUGCAUUCCAACAAAUGUCUUGGACAUGAUAGAUGCUAAAUUAAUGCUGCUUUAGUCUUGAUAACUUCUUACAGCAUCUUGAUUAAGUUCACGGGCUCUCUAGCAUCUGACUCCUGGGUUCAAAACCCAGCUGUAUUAUUAAUUCUGGCUUGGAGGAAGUUGCUUACUUUCUCUGGGACUGAGUUCCUUCAUCUGUCGAGUGAGAGAUUGAUUCUAACCUGUUUUGGGGAAUGGAGCCCUUUAAGAAUCUGAUGAAAGCCGUGAACACUUUCCACAAACAUGUGGAGACCUACCCAAACACUCACACACGUAAUUUUUGCAUAUAAGAGGUUCAUAGACCCAGCAGGCUCACUGAUGGGCCUCUUGAGUUCAGAGGGCUGGUUUUAUCAUCCUUCCUCCGUCCUGCACCCCUUUUUCUAGCACAUCCCGUGCUGAAGCCAGACGCACACUCCGCCCCAGCCUACUGCAGCUCCUCCCCUGCCCUCCUGGCCCAGUCUUCCUUUUUCCUCUUUCAUUUCAUUUCCUAAGCGAAGCUGGCUGCCUGCUCAGCCUCCCACUGUGAUGUUAGGAAACCAAAAGCAGGCAAAGAAAGUGAAACCUCAUCCUAUCUGGAUUCGGAAGCAUUGCUCUGCCCUGGAGUUCCCCCCAUGACUGUGUGGGGAGCAGUUCUGGCUUUUUUGGCUGCUUUAAAAAAAAAAAAUGUCCAAAGCAGGGAAAUUCCCUCCAUCCUUUAGAAAUCCCAGUCUGGGCCCCAAGAAAAGCCUGAGGCAAAGUCAUUUCCUCCUGAUGAGCCUUAAUUUUCUCCAUUCACGAAUUGGAGAUUUGCUCUCUGGUUGUGUCCCUCCUCUGCCCUUGUUAACAUGUGUCCCACCUGAGCCAGUGAGCUGCCCGUCUCCCCCUUCCUUGUGCCUACAGGGCCCUGGUUGGGGUAGGUGCUCCGUUAGGGCUGGCGGAGGUCUGUAGGGGGCGGCAGUGUGAAGGUGCAAGGGGAGGCCUCCCAGCAGGCUCAGGGGAUGUGCCCAGGUGGGAACAGGAUUUGAACCCCUCUUCAAGACCUUUCCUGCUACAGCCUGCCCUUGCCUUUUGGUCCAGCUCUGGUUUGUUCAUCCUAUGCCAUUCUAUUCUGUGCCUCCCUUCCCUUCCCCAUCCCCUGCUACAUUUCACUGUGUCAGGGUACCAACUGUGACGACCGUUCUCCUGUUCAAACACAGUCAGGCUGGAGGGCUGCAGCUUGGCCCCCCCGGCGUCUCGUACCUUCACCACACAGUUCAGGGGCUGUGUACGCCCCACUUGUUUUCUGCAGCUGGAGACCACAGGCGGUGUGUUUGCUGAUGUGCUCACUUGCUUCUGGGGACUGGAGGAGCCCACUAAAUAGGGCAGAGAAUCCUAGCUCCUGGGACACCGCAGAGGAUGAAAUGAGGCAACGAGUGGACUGCUCGGCACCAUUCCUGGCACAAGUACAUACUCAGAAGAUGAUGCCUUCUCUUUCUCUCCCCAAAUGUCCAGGCUCUAGCAUUUCUUCCCUCAAUGUUCCCCCCUCCGCCCAGGAGAGGUGUUCACCUCAGCUCAGUGUCAGGAGGCAUGAGGGCAGGCGAGGGGAGUUGGCGGUGAUUUUCCACUAGCUAUUAGGCGCUGUGCUAGAUAUUUUAGGCAUUAUUUCACUGAUUAGGAAGAAAACACAUAGAAAACAAUGAUGACCCAGGCCUGCCCUGAGCUCUCCUGCCCUCUGUGCGGCAGGCUUCAGAGACUCAGGCCCUGUGCUCUGCCCUUCUCUGGAUUUCUCUCUCUCUGAGCCUGGCCAUGGGGCGAGACAUGGUCCCCUCUUUCCCCUUCCUGGCUGUCCGUGCAGGUCAGCACGCAGACACUUUUUCAAAGAGUUUCACAGACAGGCUUACAAAGGAAGUGACACAAGUUUCAGAAUCUUACAGGAUUCUUGUGGCUGUGAUCUGGAUUCUGCCCCUUUUUUGAGCUGGUCCCGAGAAGCCCCCUGGAUUCUUGGCUGUUGCGUGCAUUCCCGGGGCUGGGGGUCGGCAGUCCCUCGCCUUGCCUCCCCUGUGCAUACCCCCACCGCACAUCAUUCAGGCCACAACAGGAUGGACCUUAGCACCUCCUGAGCCAUUUGCGUUUUUUAGGACCUUCAGCCUAGGAGAGGAAGCCCCCCUUGGGGAAUUUCCUUAAAAUGGGAUUUGGAAAUUCUGCACCUUAGUCAUUCCUAACAGAGGCAGCUUUGGGCAGUGAAAAGAGCAAGGGACAGGGAAUUAGGAGACCUGAGCUCUAGUCCCAGUUCAGCGCCAAACCUAGUUGUGAGAUUUUGGCAAACCUCUUGCCUUUUGUGGCCCUCAGUUUCCUCAUCUAGGAAAUGGAGGUUUGACAGUAUUAUUUCUGAGGCCAUUCUCAGUUAAAAGAUACAAAACUAGAGGAUCUGUAGUGUCCUGGAGGAGAGCUGGGGAUAGGUGUCUUGUUGCCCCUAAAAUUGGUUCAUAUCACUCCUCCUGCAGGUGAGGCUGAGGGGUUAUCAUUAUUGCCCCUUCUUACGUCCCGCCUUUCCAAGGCUUGGGACUCACCUCACCACUUAGCUCAUGAAGUCCUUCCAUGGGCAGUACUGCAUUCGUCCAUUUGCUCACUUCUCGGCCCUUUCACUUCACUCCCUCCUUCACUCCUUCCAUUCCUCCGCCCAUCCACCCAUACCUUCCUCUCUACGUCUGUGUCAUUUAAGAUUCUUUGCUUAUAAGUGCAGAAAACAACUCUGGCUAACUUAAGCAGGAGGGUAAUGUACUGGGGGUAAUGCUGAGUAACUAUUAGAAUGGAUAGAGCAUUGGAGAACCUGACUUGGAAAAAGGACAGGUGAGAAAAUAUCUGGGUGUUUGGGCAGCAGCUACUGCUUGACAGUCUCAUCAGGCCACCACUGUUGAAAUAAAUGUACUCCAGCCAUUUUUCUUAUCCAUAUCUCAAUCUAUUAAGGAUUCAGAGUCCUAAGGAGGGAGGAUAACCAGCCAAGGUGGUGUCAUUUGCUUGCUUCUUGGCUGGGAGAGGAUAGAGCACCUGAUUUGCAGUACCACCAAGAAUAUAUAUCCUGGGGGAGAAGUAAUUCCACAAAAGGAUGUCAAGGCAAUGUUUGGAAGGGGGAAUGGAUGCUGUGUAAGAAAAUUUUAAAAACAAACGAAAUAAAGAAAUAAAUUAAACCAAUACUCCACCCAUCCAUCCAUCCAUCCAUUCAUCUAUCCAGCCUCUCAGCCAACCAGGAAACACAUUUUUAUUGAGCGCCCAUCAUGUUGCAGAGGCCACGCCAGGCACGUAGAUACAGUACAAAUCCACCCAUCCCAAGAGUUUCCUCACAAAGGAUGUAUCUAUGGAGCUGAAACAAAGAUGAGGACCCAGAGAAAGGAGUUCUGGUAUAUCCAUGCAUUGGAGGGUCCCAAACAACAUUUCUAGGGACAGGGUGACUCAUCCUGGAUGUGGGCAGAUGGGGGGGAGGUUUGUGAACAUAUAUCACAGGAGAUUGCUUACAUAGGUGCACAACAGGAUGUGGCCAGGAUUAGGCACCAGAAACCCUAGGUCUGCCUCUAGUCUCUUUUCCUCUCUAGCAAUGGGCAAGUCGUACUUCAUUUUUAAAAUCUAUAACACAGGGAAAAUGAAUAUAAGAAUCCCUGCCCUGUGUAACUCAGAGAACUGCUGUGGAGGUGGAAUGAGUUAGUGGACGUGAAGGUACUUUCCAAGUACAAAGAUAGAGAACUGUUUUCACCAUGCUUACUUCUGUUUCCAGAGUGGCUGAUGAGAACACCCAUGGCUCAUGUGUUACUCUCACUUCUUUCCUGCCCUCAAUGCCCACCACCCAGCAGUAACCAUGGAGAGGGUCUGUGGAGAUUUUUUGUUCUUUAGGCUGGUGGAUGAAUGUCCAGGGUAAUCACUGCUACCCGCCACAGAGCUGUGGAUGGUCAGGAAUCUGUGGGCUCCAAGUAGGCUAGAAACAGCAGCUGAGUGAGUGUGUAUGUGUGGGAGCAGGUCCUGGUUUCUGGGUGAGGCAUGUCAACUCUCAGGGCCUGUUUUCUCAUCUGUGAAAUGGGUGGUUUGCUUGCAGGGAGCAGCCUGUUGGUGGUGCUGGCUCAUCUUUGUCACUUGUCCUAGGACGAAUGUCUGGCUAGGCACAGGCCUGCUUGUCUGCCCCCUCUUGUCUCUGCCAGCUAAAGGCCUUUCCUCUUAUAGAAAGCACUCCCUGUGCUGUCUUUCAUUGUUGGUGGGCUACACAUUGCUGCAACCUCUAUGGAGGGCAGUUUGGCAAAAUCCAUUUGAAUUUUUAAAGCAUAUAUUGUAUUUAAUAAGCACUAACAACUCUAUCUCUAGGAAUUUAUCUUACAUACAUAUGCACACAGUCACGACCUAAUAUAUACAAGAUAUUCAUGGUUGGUAAUAAUGACGGCUGGAGACUGUCUAUCAGUAAUGGACUGAUUAACUAAUUUGGCACUUCCAUGCAAUGGAAUGUCAGGCAGCUACUAAAAAGAAUGAUGUAGCUCCCUACGCGCAGAUAUGGAAUGAUCUCUAAGAUACAAGAAGUAAGAAACAGAAUAGGGACUUCCCUGGUGGUCCAGUGGCUAAGACUCCGUGCUCCCAAUGCAGGGGGCCUGGGUUCGAUCCCUGGUCAGGGAACUAGAUUCCACAUGCUGCAACUAAGACUUCGCAUGCUGCAACUAAAAGAUCCUGCAUGCCGCAAUGAAUGUCUCGCGUGCUGCAACUAAGACCCGGCGCAGCCAAGUAAAUAAAUAUUACAGAAAAAAAAAAAGAGAAACAGAAUAAUCUAUGUAGUGUGCUACGUGUGUGAAAAAAAAAAAAAGAACUCAUAUGUAUAGAUUCUCUUUUGGAGGCUUGUAAGAAACUGGUCACAAUUACCUUCCCUUCCUAUUAGGAAGGGGAACAGGAGGGAGGCCUGGGAACAGGGGUAGGAGGGAUAUUAUUUCUUUAAAGCUUUUAGACAUUUAAAAUGUCAAGUUUACUUAGGACAAAAAAUAUAUUUUGAAAA